CGAACAUUCACCGUGUUCAACUGAAUUGAACUGCAAACCAUUCAAACUGAUUUUAGCAUGGUGUCAAUAUUGAUGCUUGUGGUCGUGUACGGAGUGGCGCUCAUGAUAUAAAAACGCGAGUCUAAGUGCAAACUUGGAUGUGAAUAAAAAAUAUUAGUCAAAUAAGUAAAAUUAUUUGUUGUUCAAGUGAAUAAAUAGGCAACAGUGACGUUUUGAUUGCCAUUUUUGUUCAGAUUUUGAACAAAAGUUUAUAUGGACAUUCAUGUCUAUAGAAUAUACGUCAAUGGUUUCAAUAAAUAAAAUAAAAAAUCCUAUUUGACAUUUUAGAACGCGAGUUGUGUAAGAAGAAAACACAAUUUUGUGAUCUAUAACCAACAUUUGCAGAUUAUCUAUUGCCUAAAGUAUACUAUUGAUAUAGUUUUUAAAGCAUUUUCUCACAUACAGUAAUCUAAAUAAAUUAUGUAAAUAAAAUUAUUUUAGCGCCAUCUAGGGGUUAGUUUUAGUUUUUUAGAGUUUAUACAGAUUGAACUGUACUGAAGUUAGAAAUAGACAUGUAUAAUACCUUAAAUUGUAGUAUUUUAAAGCCGCAAAAUUCCAAAACUCAAUGAUUUUCUUCAUAUUGGUAUUCCUAUUAAAUUGUCUCUUGUAACAAGGCUGUCCGACCUCAGGCCCACCAGAGCAUUUGCAUUUUCGCGCCAAAAAUAGUCUGCUAUCUGAUUUGUACCAAACAUUGCAAAAUAAACAGCUCAAAAACACCUACCGAGGUCUCUCGUUAUCGUUUUUGUCAUCAAUUCUAAUUAAGCUAUGUGUGGAUUAAUGCUUAUAUAGCUCAUUAUAUAUUUUUUAUUAUAUAAGUACCAUGAUGACAAUAAAUACAUCAUAUUUUCUUUUUUUUUUUAAUAAAAAUCGCGCGGGUAUUUGUAUAUGCUAAACCAUAAUAAAACCUCUGUGGUCGAUAGUUUCCAUGCACAUUCAGUUAUUUUUAUUGUGAUUUGUUCCGGAUAGGGGGAUGCACGUGCACCUCCUUGCACCCCCUCCCGGCGCCCAUGUACCAUGAUAUGUGGCCCGCAGGCGGACUUGGAUGCAAAAUUUAAAAACUUCCAAUAUUGGUUGGACAGCCUUGAGUUAUACCAUCAAAGAACUAGUGUUUUUAGAAGAAAUUGUCUUCCAAAAACAAUAAUUACGGUAAUUGUGUUUAGACUUAAUGUCAGUGAACUUAAAAUUUUAUACGACGAAUUUCAUGCAUUAUUUUAUGAAAUUCUGAUUUUUUUUUGUUCAUAAGUACGAUACAGUAAUAGUAUGUUUUUAUUUUUGGCAUUUGCAUUAAAUAAUUUGAACUGUUAACGAGGGUGAUUAUGAAAAAUUUUAAUAAAACGGAGAAUGCCUAAAUUUAUUUCAUCAUAUAAGUGAGGGAUGGCGAAACUUUACGGCUAACAAACCAUUAUUUAUAAAAAGAUAUAUGGCCUGCAACGUGCCAUCCAGGAUCGGUUUUAUUUAUACGAGUGUCCCUUUUUAGAGACUUUUUUAUGAUAAAAUUUCUUGUUUUUUUUUUUAUCGGUGCUCGAUAGGGGCUUCACUGCACCUGAUGUUAAGCGAAGUGAAGUAAAGAAAGAUACAUACAAAGAUAGAUACAAUGUUUGGCAUGUUACUCGCGUGCUCGAAUUGUUUUGGUACGUGCCAGCACAGACACACUUGCUGUUGGUUCGUUAUCCCUAAUGUAGGUGUUCCUAUAAUAAGGGAGAAGUCAGAAAUCUGACUUAAAUAAACAAAAUUAUUGGACAUAAAUACUCCUUCAAUAACGGUUUAAAAAUCAAUACACUUACUACAAAUAAUAUUUUAAGUUUUAUCCAUUUUAUUCCUAUUCACCCCCAUUUGAAAUUAACUUGUAUUUACAAUAAUAUUUAUCUUCAAACAUUGGAAGAAAAGCAUCCCCGUUUCUAGACGUUCUGUUAAGAAUAAGCCUUGUGAAAUAAAAUAAAUUAUUUGAACCUGAAUAAAGCUUUACAUAAUUUAGAUUCCGUCAAUAUUAACACUUAUACUUCGGAAAGCAGGUCUCGCCAGAGAACGGGCAAGAAACUCUGGUGUUGCUUUUUUCAAAAUCAUUAUAAGGUACAUGAUGCAGAGAAAAAAUAGAUCAUAAAAUCUUUAGUCAAUUUUAAAGAUAGUUGAUGUAAAAUUAGUUUCUGGAUUGUAUCGUGAAUAUUUUUAAUUUUUUAAGUGUGAAACGACGAGAACAAAGGUAUAAUAAAAAACCCGCUAUAGCAUUAAGCAAUAACAGUUACAUUUAGAUGCUAUUCGUGGAAACAUAAGAAAUGGAUUUCAUAGAAGUCAACAACUUACAUUUUACUUCGGUUCAGACAAUGAUGGUUUCUCGGAAAUAUAAUUAUGAUGCAACUUGCCUGUUUUGUUUUGUAGGUUAAGUUUUUUGUACAUUAUAAAUAAAAUAUUAUGUUAAAUAUUUUUCUUAUUGCUUCCCUUAUUAGACUUGAACAUUUGUAAACAGUGUUAAAAAGAGUACUCAUUUCCCGGUAGGCGACGGCUUGGUUGUGCCUUCGACUUUGAUACAACGCAUGAGGCCCAGGAGUAUCUCACCAUAAGGGGGACUGCUGCACAUUUGCCAUCUAAGGCAAAAAUUAUUACAUAGAGAGAUAUACAUAUGACCAGUAAAUAAGUCGUGGUUGAAAUCUAAUGCAGGUGGUGUGUACUCUGUCAUUAUCAACUGAAAUUAUGUUAGUCCUGUAGUAUACACGAUACAGAAUAGCACACAUUCACGCCUUUUGUCCGCGAUUGGAUAAGCAGAGGCGCAAUUUGUGCACUCUCUUUCCGUCCCGUGAUAGAAGGGGCGCCUAUCGCCAUAUCACAUUAAUUACAGAUUCCGGACUGAUAAUGAUAUACGCAGAAUUAUUUCUUUUGGUGUUUACAACAAAUUAGAAUGUUACACAAUAAGAGUAAAUUAUAAAACUCUAUACUACUGCUAUUUUAGUACAGUCCCAUCUUGCAGUUCUAGAAUAACUAUUUUAUUUAAUGCCAUCUAUUGACAAGUAGUCGCAUCUUAUCCUGCAAGUGUUUGCAUGAUGCUAUAAUGAAGCAAAAAGACUAGCUCUCCGAAUGUGAAAUUUGAUGGUUUUUGUUUUGACGUUUAUUUGAAAUUUUUUCCGUUACAUGUUAUGUAUUUUUUUUCAAGACCUGAAAUAAAGUUUUUAAUACUAUAAUUGUGAAGAUUAUUGAAGUAAAGUUCAGUGCGGAAUUCUGAAUAAUUGUGCUAAAUCAAAAUGCAGUCCACUCGAUCAAACAAACUGAAAGACCUACAACAGUUAAUAUCGAAGAUGCCUCUUCAAAUGUGCUAUGUGACGGUCCUCCCCGAGUUUGGAGUGAAGUGGCGCGACUUAUCGCGAGCGGUUCGGAACGCUCGUCUAGCUAUGACGCCGGCGAGCGUCGCGCGCGUGCUGUGCCGUCAUGUUGCGAAGUCACCUGAGAAUUACGAUAUAGACGACAUACUGGCUAAAGUGAGGUUGAAAUUCGUAGCGACGCAGUCUCGCACAUGGUAUGUGAUAUUACUUACGGAGCCAACACACUCAGACCCCCUGAUGGAAAUAAUAGACAACCUCCCAGCGAGGAUCGUGCAAGCGCUGAGGAAAGGGAAGGCCAGAGCGUCCACACCCGAGAUACAAACAGUAAUGCUGGAUGAUUUGGUAUAUGUAAGCAUGCAAUUGGUGUCGGAGAGGAAGCUCGGCCCAGUGGUAUACGCUGCCACUCCUCCAGGCGAACCUGUGGUGUUACUCAGCACUCUGGGCUCCUCGGGGCUCAUCAAGGCUUUUGUUGAAGCACUAGGCUACAAGAAAUACGAAGACGCGGGCCUCCACGGUCGCGACGUCGCCUCACUUCUGCGAAUAUACAAUAGAGCUCACAACGGGGAGGCUGACCACCUCGCGCACGUACCCGAAUACGCCCCUGUACCCACAAUAACGCCCAAUGGCAUAGACUACACGAACAAAACCUAUGAUAACUCGUACGUUGACAACAUUUUGGGACCCAAUCCGCCGCUACUAACGGAUCUGACAAUAAAAUCUGUGAAGCCAUUCUUCAACAGGGAUAUGAUUGACAAAAAUAUUAGUUUGAAAAUUGUUUUGAAGAGCGAAGAUGUAGCCAAGACGUUGAAAUGUUGGGUUGCAAAGCGAGCUCUAGCGCCGACGUCGGAUUUCUUCCAAAUAUUUCAUAAUAUAAAGUCGAAUAUGAUUAUGUAUAAUAAGGACGGUUCGGAGUAGGGUCCCGUGGGCCCCGGUUCAUCUGAGUACAUAUCUGGUUUAUGUAGCAUGGGUAAUAUUUAUUAGUUUCAUUUAACACGGACAUAUUUGUUUAAAAAUGACUUAGAUUUCAUAGAUCGCCGUUAAGUAGUACAAUUAAUUAAUGUUCAAACAGUAUAGAAUAUAUGUCAGACCCUAAUGGUUAAUUUACACUGUCGCAUGAUUCAUGAAGCGUCGAUAGCCUAGUUGGGUGUGAAACGGACUGCAAAGACGAAUGACCGCAGGUUCAAAUUCCAAGGGCACACACCUCUGACUUUUCUAAAAUCAUGUGUGUAUUCUUUGUGAAUUUAUCGUGUGCUUUAACGGUGAAGGAAAACAUCGUGAGGAAACCUGCACAUCUGAGAAGUUCUCUAUAGGAAUUUCGAAGGUGUGAGAAGUCUACCCGCACUACAGCGUGGUGGACUAAGGCCUAAUCCCUCUCAGUAGUAGAGGAGGCCCGUGCUCAGCAGUAGACAAGUAUAUAAUACAGGGCUGAUAUUAUUAUUAUUAUGAUUCAUGAGCCGAACUAUCAGGGGGGCAGGGGGGGGGGACUACACAGCUUGUUUUAGGCACAUUGUACUAGAAAUAGUAAUAUAUUUAUCGAUAGAUAUAUAUACGGCCCAAGGAGUCUAUGGCCUGCCUAAUCAUCAAUUUAAAUGACUAAAUAAUACUAAUAUUAUAAAUGCGAAAGUUUGUGAGGAUGUAUGUAUGUUUGGUCCAUUUUUACGAAAAAACUACUGAACGGAUUUGUAUGAAACUUUACAGCAAUAUUGGUUAUACAUCAGAAUAACACAUAGGCUACGGUUAAUAAUGAUUUUGUGUAAUUUGGUAAUAAUAUAACGAUAUAUAUCAAGUAAGUCGGAAGAAAUUAUCCCGGAAAACUCCUUCACGCGGGCGAAGCCGCGAGCAAAAGCUACUAAUACAUAAUUUUAUUUUUUUUAAAUUUUGUAAAUAUUAUAAAUAAUAGAAAUAAAAAGAUUUGAUGCUGUUAAUAUUUCGACGGCCGCCAUGUUUGACUCAAAGACGAAUCAACUCAUCGUAAGAGUAAGAAAUUGGAUUCACACGUUUUUACUGGUGGUAGUUCACUUAUAUGUGAGAGUCUGCCUGGGUGGGUACCACCGCAAUGUAUAUUUCUGUCAAGCAGCAGUGUGUAGUCACUGUUGUGUUCCGGUUUGAACAUUGUAGCCAGAGUAACUACUGGACAUAAUGAGACUUAACAUCUCAUGUCUCAGGACGGCGAGCGCAGUGGAAUACCAAACAAUACUUUGUAAUUCAAGGUGUUGGUGUUUCUACUGUUUAUGGAUCGUAUCGCUUACCAUCAGGCGAACGGCAAGCUCGUCUCGUCAUUCAAAGCAAUAAAAAAUAAACGCGUGCUGCGAGACGCACACUAUCGAGAUACAAGGCGAGGUUGUACAUAACUAUAGGAAAUUAAACGAAAAAGUGUUCACACUAGUGACGAAUAUUCGCAUUCGCGAAUGUCUGUAGCAGAUAGUUGCAUUUGCAUCCGCGAAUAUUAAAAAAAUGAUAUUCGCUACAUCACUAUUCCACACAUGUAAAUUCUUGACAUUAGGUAUAUUACAUGUCUACUUGAGAUUGUACUCAAGUUGUUGACAAUCUGUAAGUUGAGUGUGAUUUAUAAAUACCUAAGAUGUUUUCAUUACAGCUCAAUACUGGCAAGACGAAAGUAAAGUAAUUGCCCGACUUGACGGCCAAGAGCGUACGGCACUAACGUUGUUACCUAACUGUCGAUGUAUAUAUCCUUUUCUAACGAACGUAUGCUGCAUCUUUUUAUUCCUUCUUCGUCAAUUUGUAAUUAUGUGUACAAGUAUGUGACUAUAGCAAAUAGUGCGCCGUUUUUUUGUGCCAUUUUGUAAGUGUAUGACGCGUCUAUUUGUAAAACGUCAUUGAUAAAUACGGCCCGUUAUGGCCAGUCAUUGCGCUGGCUAGUCUUCAAACAGGAACACAGCACGCACACUACUUGUAGAUUGACUGGCUCGGUGGCGUAGUUGUAAGUGUACACGGUACAAGUACGACUGCCGCGCUGAGAUCCUGAGUUCGAAUCCCGGGCCAAAAUAAUUGUGACUGGGUUUUUCCAUCUUAAAAAUGACUCAGUCGCAGCUCGGACUCAGGUAGUUGGUGGUGUGAUACCUCCGUGCCUCGGAAAACACGUAAAGCCGUUGGUCCUGCGCCUGAUCUCCGGUCAUGUCGGAUUGUCUCACCGCACUAUGAGAGUGAAGGAACAGAGAGUGCUUGUGUACUGCGCACACACUUGUGCACUAUAAUAUAUCCUGCGUACCUGGCUGAUCUCCGUUGAGAUUGGCCGCCGUGGCCAAAAUUCGGCUAGGAGGGAUUCAUUCACUUGUAGAUAUAGAUUGCAGAUAGCCUUCCCAUACGAGAGACCUGCCAUUAAUGUAUAUAAAUCAUGUUUUGUUUUAAAUAAGCUUUAAGUUUGACGAAUGUGUGACAAAUAUAAUUAAAGUAUUUA